CAAGAAGAAAAGUGAGGAAAAGCACAGCUUCAUCUGACAUCCAACAAAACAGUGUUUCGGGACAAAGAGACUGUGUGGGCAACAACCGUGAAGAUGGUUGGACUGAGGUUGACGACUGUGACUCUGGUUUUCCUCCUGUCUGUUGGAGGUUUGGCUGCUGUGGACCAGAACAAGCUUGCAGAACUUAUACAACGCAUCAAGGAGGAGUACCCAAUAAACAAUACUAUGUUCAGUCUGGCUGUAAGCAUCAAGAGCGAGGACCCAGCUAAUCUAGAGCUAAUCCUCAAGAAAAGCCCCCAAAAGUCUGUGCAAAAAGCGAUUUCAGAAGGUGAUGUGUACAAAGGGAAAAGACUUGCUGUAGCCACAGUUAAAAAACCUGAACACGCAGAGUGGCGAGUUUUGAAGGACUUGAAUCUUAAAGGUGAUAAAGGUGACUUGCUAGUCAUCUACUCUUAUGCUUCCUCUUGUCCCACAACUUGUACAAAAAAACGUAGUAAUUAUAAUAUCAUUGACAAGAUAAAAAAUGAAAUUAGUAAAAACAAGGAAAUAUGGAGUAACUAUGUCUUUGUUUUUGAAAAAGUAUUCAUGCCCAAAGACAGUGAGGGUAUUGACGAAGAGACUUUAAAAAAGGCUCUUAAAGAUCUUGCAACAUCUGGAAUCCCUCUUGCAAACAUAUUUCGCUGUUACAAACCAUUGAAGGAUGGUUUUCAGUGCAUCAGCUGCUCCACUCGUGGAGAAGUUACAAAGCAGUGUGUUGAUUACAAAGCAUAGUAAUUAAGCAAAAUAUGGGUAUUUACAGAACCAACUUUGAG